UAUACUCUUCCGGUACUGCCGUACGAUGAGCAUACGCGGGUUCUAUCAAUGAGUUAAGGUCCGGUAAAUUCUUGACAAAGCAAAAUCUGGAAAAGAAAACGUCAACCUAUAACCCCCACCAGAGGAAAAGCAACCUGAACGUAAGCCAUCUGUGAGUCGCGAAGAUCAACUUCGCGAUCGCGUAGGAAUGAGCAGCAGCGAGCGAAGCACGCAGAUUGAGAAGUAGCGAAUCUUGUUUAUAUUGUAUAACCUGCUCUGCCGUGUUUGUUAGUUAAGCUUUGAGACCCGUAUCAUCAGGACGCGUUGUACACGAGCGAUCUCGAGAACGGAAAUAGUUAGACCGUGUUUAAUUAGAUGCUUCGGUCGAGUGUAAAGCAGCAAAAUAGUGACUAGUGUUUGGACUGUGAACAAAAAUAGUGGAGCAAGAAAACAACCACAUAGAACCAGUUCAACGAUCCAACGGGGGUCACAAAAUGUGUGCGUCAAGGUCGAGCUUUCGAAGAUCCCAGUUUUGGAGUGUAAUGGUGCUGUUGGUGCUGUUGGACGUAUCCGUCGCCCAACAAUAUACCGGUGUUAAAUCUGUGUCUUCUUCCCCAGAGGCGAAUCAACAGCAAGCUCACUCAGCUCGCUCAGUGGAUGGUGGGAUUCCUGCCACGGAUAGCAAUAUCAUCAAUCUUGCUAUCACACCAUUCGCACGUGGACAAGGCUUUUCUGCUGCCAAAGGACGCAAUCUUGGCUUUGCGAACGAUGCUUCCCUCAAUGCGAUCCCAUCUGGCAUUAAUAAUGAACUCUCAAAUGUUGACGUCCGAGGAUCGACGCCCCAGCCGAACACGGUGUUACGAGACAGCUAUGGAAAUCCAGUGACACCGUUUACGGAUCUUGCUAAGCCCGAACUGGAUUCUGUCGGGUUUCUAACGAACGUCAAUCGGGACGCAAACUUUCAGUCAUCCGGUCAAGGCAACAAGGUUGGGCCGUACAACUUCAAAGUUCCGAGCUACGCGUCUGGUAUAAUCGAGCCUAUCGCGCAACCAAACUUUGGUCUACUGCCGCCAAAUCCUGUGCCAAGCACCGUGCAGGUAGUACCGCCAGGCAGCACCACAACAGCAAGGCCUCCCAUAACGCAGCCACAGUUUCUGCCCAAUGCCAAAAUUCCGACCAUCGAGGAUGGCAAGAUUCUAUUCGCUCAGAAACCGGUCAACGGUCUAUUGCCCCCUCUGUUCCCGGAUCAGUUACCACCGGUGUAUGAUAUUCAAGUUGGUACGGAACGGUCAACGUUCUUUGCACGCGAUCCGUUCGGUGGUCCGGUAAAGCCGACGCCACAGCAACCUUCACAAUCGCCUGACAGUGUGGUGGGAUACAAAACCGACGUUAAUCAACAGACGCAUUUCACCCAACCAAAUUUCUUGGCAGAAAACAGGUUUUCAGGAUCGUUAGCUCCUGCUGGGCCAACAUUUGAAACUACUACAAAAGCUGUGGUACAGAAGUACAAUGGAGGGUUCGGAGGACCGGCCGGCUUUCUCGGCAAUCAACAAAACAUUGGCACAGCAUACACGUCGACUGUAAGACCGAACGUUCCGCAAGCGGUUCCCUCCGCAACGCAGACACAACCGCGCCCACAACCCAUUUUUACGCCUCAAAACACAUUUUCAACGACGGCUCGACCCGAUGACAAAACCACUGUUCAAAAGUAUGUGGGCGGCUUUGGGGGUGCACCAGGGUUCUUGGGCAAUCAAGCGAAUAUAGGUACCGCUUACACAAAAGCUCCACAAACGUUCGUCUCAAGUACGCCUACCGUUGCUCCUGUUCAAAAGCCUCCUUCCGUACAACAUUUCGGUUCCGGACAUCCGGCUCCAGUUCCAACUCCUACACCACCCGGUGUGUCGCAAAGACCCCUACCUCCAUCUGUACCAUCAGUGCCAAACCAAUUCAAUGGACCAUUCAUUGGAGGUCCCGUCAUCCAAGGCACUGGCAUUAGACCAACGGUUGGCUCCACAUUCACACCGCCUGCGCAACCAGCGAGGCCCGUUUCGGUAACGAACACUUUUAACGGCGGUAACAAGUUUACUGGAAGCUUCGGUGGUGCCCCAGGAAUUUUAGGCAAUCAGCAACGGCCCGGAACUAAUGUCAAACCGGACGGUAACGUAUUUUCAUCCGCUCAGCCACAACUUGCUCAGCAGCAUCAGCAAUCAGCCCAUCAAUCCCUGCCCCAACAGCCGCAACAACCAAAACCAGCGACAGAUAAAUUUACCGGCAGCUUUGGUGGCCCACCCGGUGUACUGCGUCCUUUCGACAACACUAAGGGUUAAAGUACAGGUGUACCGGGCGUAAUAGAUAUGUAUUAGCCUACCAAAAUGACAUAUUCUCUCAACGCAUGUGGGGAUGGCAAGCAUUACCGAUAGAAUUCCUGGUUAGGAACCAACUUAACCUUAAUGAUUAUAUUUCUUAAGAAAAAGGCACAAUAUACAUUUUAUACACAAGGAAUCCAGUGAGAAUGACACAGAACUAGCUCGGUUUCUACACCUGCGCAUUUAGAAAGAUCAUACAUACUUUCAUCCGUAUAAGAUACGUAUCAACGUUUCAUAUGAAUAGUUUUAAUAAAAAAAAAGGAAAAUACAAUAUUUUUGAGUUUUUGUGAA